GUUAAAAAUACAUGCAUAAUUUGUUGCUCUCUUUUUGUUCUUACACAGAAUAUUUGUUUCACGUACGUACAAGCGAUCACGAAAUACAUCGACUAUACAACUUGCGCCUAACACAGCAUUAAGGCAUGGGUGAAGCUAAGGUAUGCUAGCAGUGCAAUGGAACAUGGCCAGAAACAAUAUGCUCGACAUUGCUUGGCCAUUGGACUGUUACUUCUACUGCUAGUGACCAUUACAAUUUACUAUGUCAACAGUGAAAGGUUGCAUUUUAACUUAGUACACAGACGAGCGUUUUACAAUCUUGCAAAGAUGAUUGCAUGUACGACCGAACUUAGUCGCUACUCUGUGUUUGAUGAUUACCAUGACUACGGUUGUUGGUGCGGUCUUGGAGGUGCCGGAAGGAUAAUGGAUGAUUCAGACAGGUGCUGUUCAAAACAUGAUGAAUGUUACACGGAUGUCUCAUGUCCUUUGGAUAUCACAAGAUACAUCCUUAGUUACAAUUACAAAAUCGAUGACUGUGAAAAUAACAACACGUCUCUUAUAACUUGCAGUAAGUUUCAAAGAGUUCAGAAAUAG